GUAUCAUAAACCUAUUCCAGCUUUGUAUGUUUGGGAGGGGUUACAAGCAUGAGCCAAAAUGAAUGAUAAGAGCUAGAGAUCAUUGUAAACAGUGCAGAAACUUUAAAAAUGAGGGACUAUGAUGAUAUCACUGGCUUUCUGGGAACAUGGGGUCCAUUCCAGCUGACUGUUUUCUUGGCGUUGGCUAUAAGUAUCCUUCCAAAUGGUUUUGUAGGCAUCUACAUCGUUUUUGUGGGUGACGUGCCAUCUCACGAGUGUCUGAUUCCUGAAGAGUACAACAUUAGUGAGACGUGGAGAGAAGCUGCAAUCCCAAUGAUGACGAAAGACGGUGUUUUAAAACGCAGUUCCUGUUCCAGAUACAAAAUGGAAACAGUGAGAAAUUUUUCUGUGCUUAAUUACACCCCAAACGUGGAAGUCAAUGUCAGCGAGAUUGAGGUUGAAUCCUGUGUGGACGGCUGGAACUACAGUAAAGAGAUUUACGAGUCUACGAUAGUGACAGAGUGGGACCUGAUAUGUGAGAACGAGUAUAAAGUGCCACUAACCUCAUCAAUAUAUUUCUUGGGUGUGUUGGUGGGGACCUUCCUUUCAGGACAGAUGUCUGACAGGUAUGGCAGAAGGCCUGUACUUUUUGUCACGAUGGCCUUGCAGACAGUUACUAUCCUUAUCCAGAUGUUUUCUCCAAGCUGGGAAAUCUUCACUGCUGUCUUCUUCUUUGUGGGAUUUAGUGGUUUUUCUAAUUAUGUUGUAGCAUAUGUCCUAGGCUGUGAAAUUCUCAGUCCAGCAAGUAGAGUGGUGUUUGGUUCUCUGGGUGUUUUCAUGGGGUCUGCAAUCGGUCAGAUGUUCCUUCCAUUAGCAGCUUAUUUCAUCCGUAGCUGGCGAUGGCUGUUGCUCACGAAUGCUCUCACUGGGCUCCUGUAUGUGCCCUUGUGGUGGUUUAUUCCGGAGUCUCCAAGAUGGCUGCUCUCUCAGGGAAGAAUCUCAGAGGCUGAAGCCAUACUUAGAUAUGCAGCUAAAAAGAACAAGGUUACUGCACCUGACGUCAUCUUCACUUCCUCUGAGAUUGAGGAAUCAGCAAGGAUGAGGGAGAAAAAACACAAUAUUCUGGACAUUUUGAGGAAUUGUAAUGCCGUUUUAACCAUCGGGAUUUGUUCACUUCUCUGGAUGGUCAUCACCAUGUCUUACUAUGCUCUCAUUCUAAACACCACAAACCUUCAUGGCGACCUGUACCUGAAUUUUUUCCUGUCUGCAGUGGUGGAGGUGCCAGCUUUCAUAAUAGCCAUGUUGUUGCUCAGAUACUGCAGUAGGAGAUUCUGUCAGUCUUCCACUCUCCUCGUGGGUGGAGCAAUGAUUUUCAUCAUACAGCUCAUUCCCAAAGAUCUGAUGGAGCUGGCAACCUCCCUGGAGAUGCUGGGGAAACUUGGUGUUACUGCUGCAUUCUGUGUGGUGUAUGCAGUGACUUCAGAACUCUUUCCUACUGUGGUGAGAAACAUGGCCAUGGGAAUGUGCUCUAUGACCGCUCGCAUAGGAAGCAUUGUUUCUCCCUUCAUCAUAUACUUGGCUCUGAAUAUCACGGAUGAAUGGAGAAACGCGUCUAUUCCUCUCGAUGAGGAGAACGAGAACAAAGCUUCUGGAUUCAGUAAGUGUUCAAGAUACAGAAUGGACCUCGUGAAGAGCUAUUCGGAGCGAGGUUUGCUGCCGUGGGUGGAUGUGAAUGUAUCGGCUAUUCCUCGAGAAGGCUGCGUGGACGGCUGGGAGUAUGAUAAAGGAACAUACAUCUCCACGAUUGUUUCAGAGUGGGAUUUGGUGUGUUCAGAUGACUGGAGGGCUCCGCUGACCUCCUCACUCUUCUUCUGUGGUGUUUUGACUGGCUCUGUGAUCUCUGGACAGGUGUCUGACAGGUUUGGCAGAAAAAUAGUGCUGUUUGUUACCAUGGGGAUUCAGACGGUAUUCACCUUCAUCCAAGUCUUCUCCCCAUCUUGGUUGAUAUUUUGUUUGUUGUUUUUUAUUGUUGGAAUUGGCCAAAUCUCAAACUAUGUGGCAGCAUUUGUAUUAGGAAUGGAGAUACUGAGCCCAUCCGUUCGUGACAUCUUCUCCACUCUUGGCGUGUGUCUUUUCUUCUCUAUCGGGUAUAUGAUGCUUCCGCUGGCUGCUUACUUCUUAAGAGACUGGAGAAUGUUGCUGCUGGCCCUCACUGUUCCUGGCUUGUUCUGUGUACCCCUCUGGUGGUUUAUUCCCGAGUCUCCGCGAUGGCUGCUGUCUCAGGGGAGAGUAGACGAGGCCGAGGUCAUUCUGAGAAAGGCUGCCCAGAUGAACGGGAUUAAGGCCCCUGACGUCAUUUUUCCUGGAAUUCAGUCAAGGGAAAAUGCUGGAAGGUUGCGGACCUACAGUCUCUGUGACCUGCUGAAGUCCACUAACAUCCGCUGCAUAACCGUCCUGCUGUGCCUGGUCUGGUCAGCUGUUUCAAUUGGAUACUGUGCCUUGUCUCUGAACACGUCCAAUCUUCAUGGAAACAUCUACCUGAACUGCCUCUUAUCAGCGGUUGUGGAAGUACCUGCUCUCGUCAUGGCCUGGCUGAUGCUCCGCUGCUGGCCAAGACGCCUUAGCUUGUCUUCCACUCUGUCUUUAGGAGGACUGGUCCUUCUCUUCAUACAUCUCAUUCCACAACAUAGGAGUUCUAUUGCCAUUUCUCUGGUGAUGCUGGGAAAGUUUGGUCUGUCUGCAGCAUUUGCGAUAGUUUAUCCUGCUACCGAGCUUUACCCUACUGUACUGAGGAACACAGCUCUAGGAGCCUGCUCGAUGGCGUCCAGAGUCGGCAGCAUAUCAGCACCAUAUUUCAUCUACUUAGGAGGCUAUUACAGAUCUUUGCCAUAUAUCUUAAUUGGCAGUCUGAAUGUUCUCUCUGGGUUACUCGGUCUUCUGCUUCCAGAGAGUUUUGGAUCACCAUUACCAGAGACCAUCAGUCACAUGCAGACAGUAGCUGGAUUCAGAAAAAGACAUUGCAGUCCAACUGACAGAAAACGUGAAGAGGAGCAUGAAUCUGACUACUUAUAAUGGACUAUAGAGAGAUUUUUUUUUUUUUUUUUUUUUAUGUAA